UCAACCAGAGCAGUUCAUACUGAACUGAUUGAAACUAUGUCCACAGACAGUUUCAUCAAUGUCCUAAGGAGGUUUUUCUCUGUACGUGGUCCAGCAAAACUUCUCAGGUCAGACAGAGGGACUAACUUUGUUGGAGCUUGUAAGGAGUUGGACAUAAACACAGAUAACUCUGCAGUCAAGACUGACCUCCAUGGCAAAGGAUGCUCCUGGGUGUUUAAUCCACCUCAUGCUUCUCACAUGGGUGGUUCCUGGGAGCGGCUCAUCGGAGUUUCCAGACGCAUACUGGAUGCAAUGUUGCUUCAGACAGGGCCAACACGUCUCACUCAUGAAGUACUGAGCACAUUCAUGGCAGAGGUAAUGCCGAUUAUAAAUGCAAGACCCCUUGUGUCUAUAUCUACUGACCCAGAUAUGCCUGAAGUACUCACCCCGGCAAUGCUCCUUACUCAGAAGGUGAGCACCAUUUCAGCCCCCUCUGGAAACUUUGGAGUACCUCAGUUGUACAAAAAGCAGUGGAAGCAUGUCCAGAGUCUUGCCGACACCUUCUGGAAAAGAUGGAAAGGGGAGUGUCUGUCUACUCUUCAGAAUCGCAGAAAAUGGACAAAAGACAAACCAAAUGUCAAGGACGGAGACAUUGUUUUGCUAAAAGACAGCCAGGCCCACAGGAAUGAAUGGCCCAUGGGACUGGUGAUUAAGGCUUUGCCAAGCAGUGACAAGAAGGUGCGCAAGGUGGAAGUGCGCAUUGUGCAGGAUGGGACGGCAAAGGUGUUUCUAAGGCCGGUCUCAGAAAUUGUGAUUCUUCUUUCAAAGCCUUAGAGAAAGGACUCUUAGUAUGUUUCGAACUGAAGACAUUCCCUUUUGAGUCUUGUUGCAUUUGUAGUGAUAUAAUGUUGUUAUAUCAAGCGGGGAGUGUGCUGCCUUUAUUUUGAAGUCAGUAAUUUGAAUUAAGUUAAAAAUGUUAGUCAAUAAAAGUUGUCAUAAAAAGUUAGAUUUAAAAGAUUAAAAACAUUUCAUUUUUA